CACUCGUCCACAAGUUCAUGGUGCUGUCAGCAGGUGACGGGCGGUGAAGCCGCUGCUGUGUGCCCGCCACUUCCUAGGCAGCUCCGUGAGGUAACAUCCGGGUGUUUGAAGCCUGGAGGAGGGGCUUCCUUACCUCUGUCAUGGCGGGUCUCACAGCUCAGGGAGAAGCCCAUUGAAGCUCAUGUGGAUGUCAGGACUGAGCAGUGAGCACAGGAGGAAGCUUGAGACACCGCGAGAAGCUAUGACUUAGGUCUGAAGACGGAUCUCAGAAAGAUGGCUGAAGUGACUCUAAAAGAGAUCGGCGUCUUGUCAUGUGUUGUCGUAUUAUGUUACUGGAACAGUCUCUUUUGUGGAUUUGUCUUUGAUGAUGUGUCUGCAAUUCUGGAUAAUAAAGAUUUGCAUCCUGCAACACCCUUAAAGAAGCUCUUCCAAAAUGACUUCUGGGGGACACCAAUGUCUGAGGAGAGAAGUCAUAAAUCCUACCGUCCUCUUACAGUCCUGACGUUUCGCUUAAACUAUCUGUUCAGUGAACUGAAUGCAGUUUCCUACCACCUUCUAAACCUUCUCCUCCAUGCUGUGGUGUGCGUGAUUUUCCUUAAAGUUUGUAGGCUUUUCCUGGACAAGCGAACCAGUCUGAUUGCUGCCCUGCUGUUUGCCGUACAUCCAAUACAUACUGAGGCGGUUACAGGAGUUGUUGGCAGAGCUGAACUCCUCUCCUCUAUUUUUCUAUUGGCUGCGUUUCUAUCGUAUACCAAAUCGAAGGGCCCAGACAAUUCCAUAGUGUGGACUCCUAUUGCUGCUGCUGUGUUCCUCGUUGCGGUUGCAACUCUGUGCAAAGAGCAAGGGAUUACUGUUGUGGGUAUUUGUUGUGUCUAUGAAGUCUUCAUUGCUCAAGGGUACACAUUACCAGUGUUAUGGGACACAUCUGUACAGAUACUGUUGGGUAAAGGCAGCAUCCCAUAUUCCUUACUUCAGACACUGCUGAAACUUAUCGUCUUGAUGUUCAGUACCUUGCUGCUUGUUGUAAUCCGUGUACAGGUCAUCCAGUCACAGCUUCCAGUCUUCACCAGGUUUGAUAAUCCUGCUGCUGUCAGUGCGACCCCUGCAAGGCAACUGACGUUCAAUUACCUCCUGCCGGUAAAUGCCUGGCUCCUGCUAAAUCCAUCUGAACUCUGCUGUGACUGGACAAUGGGAACGAUUCCUCUCGUGGAAAGCUGCUUGGAUGUGAGGAAUCUGACCACACUGUUAUUCUUUUUCUUUCUGGGAAGCUUGGUGAUAUACAGUGUACGAUAUCCAGGCGACUCAUCCAAAACUGUGCUUAUGGGACUGUGCCUAAUGGCACUGCCUUUUAUACCUGCCUCAAAUCUGUUCUUCCCUGUUGGAUUUGUAGUCGCAGAGAGAGUAUUGUAUGUACCAAGUAUGGGAUUCUGCAUCCUUGUAGCCCAUGGCUGGAAAAAAUUAUCUAGUAAAAGCAGCAGAUUGAGAAAGUUAUCCUGGAUAUUUUUAGCUUUAGUGCUGUUCACUCACGCCGUGAAAACCUUCAACAGGAACUGGGACUGGGAGUCUGAAUAUACUUUGUUUAUGUCUGCUUUAAAGGUGAAUAAAAACAAUGCCAAACUUUGGAAUAAUGUUGGUCAUGCACUGGAGAAUGAAAAGAAUUAUGCAAAAGCCUUGAAGUUCUUUAAGCAAGCCACUCACGUACAGCCAGAUGACAUAGGUGCUCAUAUGAAUGUUGGAAGGACAUACAAGAAUCUCAACAGAAGCAAAGAAGCUGAAGAAUCGUAUCUAAUUGCAAAGUCUCUUAUGCCGCAGGUAAUUCCUGGAAAGAGGUAUGCCGCCCGUGUGGCACCAAAUCACCUGAAUGUUUACAUAAAUCUUGCAAACUUGAUCCGUGCAAAUGAGUCCCGACUUGAGGAAGCUGAUCAGUUGUACAGGCAAGCAAUAAGCAUGAGACCAGACUUCAAGCAAGCGUACAUUAGCAGAGGAGAGUUACUUUUGAAAAUGAAUAAACCUUUAGAAGCUAAAGAAGCUUAUCUCAGAGCUUUGGAACUCGAUGGGAUGAAUGCAGACUUGUGGUACAAUCUUGCAAUCGUUUAUAUUGAACUGAAGGAUCCAAAUGAAGCCUUGCGAAACUUCAAUCAAGCACUUGAACUCAAUCGCCGGCAUAAGCUUGCAUUGUUUAACUCUGCUCUGCUCAUGCAGGAAUCCGGCAAUCCCAAAUUGCGACCAGAGGCUAAGAAAAGACUUUUAACUUAUGUUGAGGAGGAGCCACAUGAUGCAAAUGGUUAUUUUAAUUUGGGAAUGUUGGCCAUGGAUGAGAAGAAGGAUUUAGAAGCUGAAAAGUGGAUGAAAAAAGCCAUACAGUUACAGCAUGGUUUCCGAAGUGCCCUCUUCAACCUGGCCCUUCUCUACUCCCAGACAGCUAGGGAAUUGGAUGCUCUUCCAGUCUUGGAGGAACUUUUGCGGUACUACCCUGACCAUAUUAAAGGCCUUAUCCUGAAAGGAGAUAUCCUUAUGAAUCAAAAGAAAGAUACUAAAGGAGCCAAGAUAUGUUUUGAACAAAUUCUAGAAAUGGAUCCCAAUAAUGUGCAGGGAAAACAUAACCUUUGUGUGGUGUAUUUUGAAGAGCGAGAUCUUUUGAGAGCUGAGAGGUGUCUUGUUGAAACCCUGGCCUUAGCCCCUCAUGAGGAAUAUAUUCAGCGACAUCUCAGCAUAGUGCGCAGUAAGAUCAUGUCAAAGAAUACUGCGGGGCAGACUACCCCACCAGCAGGUGUCCAGUCAUUGCCUGAAGGACAAGGGCAGGAGGAGGACUCGAAAGGCAAAAAAAAAACUCCAUUUGAAAAAUUGCAAGAGGGAAAAGAUAUACCAAAAAUGAAUACACCGACAAAAAGGAAAAACAAAGAGCAAGUAAAGACUAAAAGUCAACAAGAGAAAAAUACUAACAAAGAGGUAAAGGAAAAAUCUACACGAGAAAUCAAAGACAUUGAAAAUAAAAGAGUUGCUGCUUUGAAGCGCUUAGAGGAGAUGGAGCGUAUUCUAAGUGGAGAAUUAGCUGACGAACAUCUGUCAGACUGAAAUAGGGUGUGUGCGAAAACUUUAUUUUUCAUGUAUUGUACCCUGCACAGCCAUGAGCACAUCUGUGUGAACAUGAAAGCAGGUUAAGCAAAUAACUGUGCAGGUAUUCAACACUACUGAACGAAAUUGCCGAAUAACUUUGUCUACCCCAAAUUCAGUUUUUUAUAUUACACAUGAAAGCUCGGUACACUUUUUGUACUUGUUUUCUAUGCUUUCUCAUUAAUGUCAUCCAUUACUAAUAUAGACGUCCAUUUUAAGUGUUUGACAUACUACACAAUGAGGCUUUACAGCAGGGCUGUUGCACUGAUAUAUGGACCACAAGCCCCAAGGCGGUUGACAUGUUUUGUUUUAAGGCGUGUGUUAACAGAAUCAAAGCAUUUUUUUUGUAUUCACGCUUUGUCUCUUGCUUGUCUAGGGUGGCGGUAACACAUGGAGUAUUUGUGUUUACAGCUGCAUAGUUCUUUAUGCUGGUAUUGUGGUAAGCAUUCACAUGUCAUAUCAUCUGAUUGCAUUUGUAUCCCUAGGUCCAGAUAUCACACAGAGGCAGUGUGACCAUUUCUAGCAAUAUCACCUUCUUAAAGGGGUUGUCUCCUUUCUGCCCAGAUGUCACAAAUGCCCACCAGUUCCCAUAAAUUUCUCGUGUAAGCAAACUGCAACGUCCAGAGCUACCCAUGAUAGUGGUUGCAUCCUCUUGUGCGUUCAGCGCACAUUCUGAAGAUGCUGCUGCUUGUAUGUGCACUAUUGCUAAUAGCCUUUAGUGCCUGUGCUGUAGAGACACAACCACUACCAUCUUGGGAUGCUAUGGACAGUGUGAGUUUCUUAUAUGCAUUAUCCUGAACACCAGGGAGGCCUCGCCUUAUGGACUAAGGUAUCCUGAAGUGUUUUAUUGAUUUAUUAUGUUUUUUGUACUACAUAGUAGUACCUAUAUAGUCUCCGGCAGCUCCUCUACCUCUCUUCCCUGCAUCUGGAAGGUGAGGGGAAGCAACUUAGGGAGAAUAAGAAGGUUGGAGGAGCCGCAGCAGAGACCAGGGCUUGGAGGGUCUCUCUCUCCUCCUAUUCUUCAGCAUCUCCUCUCUCCAGCCAGAAGUUGAGACCGAUCAGUUUGGGAAGAACAAGAUCAGCGGAGCUGCAGCAGAGAGCCAGUGUACUCUAAGAGCCAGGCACUCAAAGGACACUUGGGAAGGAAAGGAUGGCUCACUACUGCACGGUUCCUGUUAAUGUCAGAUGUGUGGUAUAUAUCUAUAGGGUGCAGUCUGCCACAGUAUGAGGGAAGGACUACACAUCGUAGUAGACGCGUCUAUCGAAUUUCUCAUUAACCCCCUGACAGUUUUCCCUAAACUCUGCUCAGGCUUUGAUGAAGACACUUAACAGUUCAGCCUGAGCAAAGCUCUGGCAGCAGGGUGAGGGGUAGAGGACUACUUUAGAUGGCAUCUUUCAGCAGAUUUGUACCCAUGAAACUGGCUGACUUGUUGCAUGUACACUUGGCGGCUGAAGGCAUUUGUGUUGGUCCCAUGCUUAUAUGUGCCCUUUAUUGCUAAGAAAAAUGAUAUUUUAAUAUUUGCGAAUGGGGCGCGUACUUUACUUCUAGAGGCUCUACUUUCUGCCACUG